AUUUUAGUGAAUUAUUUACAGUAUUUAUCCAGUUAUUUCUGUGAAAAUACUUUUUUCUCUGGACUUAAAGUCAGUGACUCGGAUUUCACAGGCUACGUCAUUUGCCUUUGCGUCAUUUGUCAGUUUCCUUUUGUGACAGGUGACACUAAGGCGCGAACAGGUGUUUUUUUCAUGUUUUUGUUUCAUACAAGUUCGUACAAGAAAAACAUUUUGUAUUAAAGUUUGAUUUUCCUGUACUAUACGGAUAAUUUGUUACAAAAACAGUCUUGUUUAUUAGUAAAUAUGCUUAUCGUACCGUUUAUAUAAAAAGACAAUAACUUACUAUUCAUCCGAAAUUGGCGCUAAACUUCUGUAUUUCACAAAAUGAGUUUUGGAAACAUAAAAAACUCUUUAUCUUCGGUGCUUUCUAGAAAUACAAAAGUUUUAGCCCUUGAAAGGACAUUGCAACAAGGUCUGCAGGAUUUCAAAGAGCUUCUUACAGAUUUUGAGCAGCUUCACAUUGAGUCUGAUAGUUAUAAGACACAAUAUAUCAAACAGAAAGAAAGAUGCGACAGCAACAAUUGCAGUAGUGCUGAAGCUCUAAAAAGGAUUAUUGAAUCAAAGGACAAUAUUAUACAAUUAGUAGCAUCAACACUAACAAGACUAAAUGAAACGAAAGACCUAAAAAUAUUAGAUGAAGUUUUCAAAAUAUUAUUUGGAGAAACUCCAACAGUCCCAAAGUACCAGGACAACAUCAAUAGUAAGGAGGUUAAAAAACCUUCACCGGUUAAUGUAAAGAAGGAAAUACACUCGUCUUGUGAAGACCUGUCUUUCAGAGAAGAGUCUGUGUCUGAAAUUGAGGGCACGCCAACAGGACGAGUGAGCCCUAUAAUACAGUCGAAAAAACUUAAGAGUUCUUUAGUAACUUCUACCGAUUUUAGAGAUAAGAAGAAGUGUCCGGAUACUUGGCCAACUCCAGAAAAGAAAACAUUGAAGCUAUCAUUCUCAACACCGCUGCGAGCCAAACCGAACGGCAAGUUGAGACAGGCUCGAUUGAAUGUAGUCAAAGUAAAGGACAACAAUUUCAUUGAUAUUUCAUGCACACCUGAGUUCAGUGGAGGGAGUAGGAGGAAUGAGAGUGAUGGAAAUGUGGCGCCACUGAUCAAGAAAGAAUCGAUAGAAAAUGAUGACACUAUAUUACCUUCACCUACAAGUGGACCCAAUAAUUUUACGAUUUUCAAAUCAAAAGAGAGUCCAUUAAAGUUCAAGAAACCGCAGCUAAGUUUGAAAAUUAAAUCUGAGAAGAAAACUCCAAAAAAGGCAGAUCAGACCGCAGUACUUGAUAUAAAGAGGGAACCAGAUUCUGAGAAUAUAUUAGCGAAUGAAUUUAAGAUGCAUGACAGUGUUACUUACACUCAAGAUGAUUCUAUCAAUUUGUUGAAUCCUAACAGAAUGCCCAAGAACUUUAUGAACCAAUCCCCUCCGAAACAGGAACGUAACAAUGACCUAACAUACUGUGACACACAGGCUAGCAUAUCUUUACUACAGCAUGUUGGCAAGUUAGAUAAUAUGCAUAGAGAUUGCAAUGAGUGCAGUCCUUCAAAAAGGCCUCUAGCUGAGAACAUAAAUGUUACAAAUCUGCAAGAUGAUGAACUUCAGCCGAGCAUGUCGAUACUGGAUCGAGAACCUAAAAGUAGCAGAGUGAAUGCAGACACAGUGAAAAGAAAAAUACCUGAGUUUGCAGAAAUGAUAUACAAAGAUCCGAAUAUGAGGAAGAAGUCAGAAAAACGUAUAUUGCCAGGAUGGAGUUGCGACAAAUGUAAAGACUUCUUCGGCGAGCUGUACAAGGAUGAUCCGGAGAUGUUAGCGAAGAAAAUAAAUGAGUGUUCGCACCAUAGAGGCGUGAACAACCCGACAGAUAGGCCUAGGACUCCGCCCGGCUUCUGGAACCCUCGGUGGGAAGUACCCGAUGACACUGAAGAGUUUAACCGAAUGAAUAAUGUAGAUUGAUUUUAUGUGUACUGGUUUUGUUUUAUUUUGGUAGUAAAAAGUGUACCUGUACUCCAUUUUGAGUGGGCAUUUAACUAAAGGUAAAUAAAUAAAUAAAUAAUACUGCUUAAAAUUUCAAUUUCAAAAAUAUCAAAUUAUGAAUUAACUGUUAUAUUUUAGCCGCAUUUAAUAUUUAAACUGCGUUUACAGCUAAAUAGUCAUAUCAAGAUUGUACCUUUAGUUGUGCCUUCUAAAGUGGAGUACGAAUAGUGCAGCUGAAUAAACAUGAAGUGUUGUAAUAUAAAAUACCAAGUUUUCCCAUUUGGGCAUUCGGCUAGGGGCACGUGGCAUUUUGUCGCCUGGCCACCCUAUUGUUACGUCACUUAGUAGAAGUAAAUAGCCGGCUGGGCUCGUUAGCUCUGGAUUCAGAGCUCAAUACUUCAGCAAGCUUAUAGCGUAUUAGUGAUGAUAUCAUCAACCAAUAAAAGGAGUGUAAACUACAGAUUUUGCAAAACAAGGAGGUGCCAUAAUCUUCAUAGAUAACCAUACAGUGUUAUCUAUACAAAUAAAUAAUUCUCAUAAGUACGACUUACGUAUUCAUCAUGAGUUAAGACAAUAAUUUGCCAUACGUAAUUGCUUUAAAAAAACAGCAUAGGUGCCUAACAAUAUUUGAUGUAACCCUCCAAUAUUACAUAGGUACCUAUAUACAAACCUAUUUGCACAAUUUGGCGUUCGCGCCAAUUUGCCAUCUAUAAACCGGUAGGCGUAUACAACCCAAAUAGAAAUAGGACGACUGUUUAAUUAGGUCGUAGUAACUCGUACUGAUGUGUCAAUCCAUUCAACCUGUAACUACAUAAUAUUAUUAUCUUAUCGUACAAGAUUGAGCUAAAAAAGUUUGAUAAUAAUUGAAGACUCCAUGAUUUAGGAAAGGGUCAAUGUUUUUUAUAAACUUGUGAGUAGGUGUGUUGUAUUGUAUUUCAGUAUUUAAAUACUACAGUGUUUAAUAUUUAUAACACGAUUAUUGCUACCGAAGCAUUAUCUGGCGUUAUGAAAUGAUAGAUAUGAGCGACUUUGACCAUCAUGACGACCGAUGACGUCAUGUAACGGUACUAUCAAAACACGUCUAAUGUCGCAGUUACGAAGAAAAGUAAUUUCUUAAGCAAUGUUUGAUUUAGGAAACUGUGAUUUUCAAUUAAAAGGGUCCAACUUUCUGAAUAAUAUAAGUGUUAUAAUACCUCAUUAGUUUUAAUUUAGAUUUAAACUGUAAAUAAAGAAAGUCGUAAGAACAAAUGCGGGUAAUUGACUCGCUAGGUCAUUGAAAUGUUAAUUAAAUACUUUUGGAAGAAUACUGAAUUAGAUUUGGAAAUGUGAUGAUUUUUAAGUAAUAAAUAUGUUUUUAAAGUUAA